UGUAGCAGCCGAGCAGAGCACAGAGACCCGGGAUCUUCGUGUUGUUGAGCGCAAAUGCGAAUUGCGGGUCUUGUCCGCCCGUCAUGACUGUCGAGUGACCACAGCAGCGGUCAGUGUGCCGCCCGCAGAGCACCGUGCAUGCAGCCCCGGUGACAGCGUCAAGGCUGGAGCUUUUGUCUUCGAGGGGGAUUUUUCAAGAGCAGAAUAAAAGGCGUCUGGAGAUUCUGAGAAGCUGAGUACCAAAAAAAUUGAGCCGGUUCAUAUUCACCUACGACGCAGCAGCCAUUGCAGUGGCUAAAUGAAGAACUUGUGAACAUGCACGAGGGAAGGACUACACCUUUCACUUCGGUGACUUCCCCAGAUGCUUUGGCCCAAAGAAAGAUGGAAAGGAAUGGGAAGAACUUGAGACAAGGCUGCUGCGCAGCACCCAGUCAGUGAGCCAACAGGAGAUCCUCCAUACGCCACGUCGCUGAGCCUCUCAUCCUUCCCUUUUGACCCCUCAACCUACAAGCACCAUGACCUCUGAGCUGGAGAGCAGCCUGACCUCAAUGGACUGGCUCCCCCAGCUCAGCAUGAGGGCAGCCAUCCAGAAGGCAGAUGCGGGACACCACCACGGCCACCCCCAUGGACACCACCACCACGGCCACCAUCACGGGCACGGGCCUGGCAAGAAAAUUGUCCAUCUGGACCCAGGAACAACACUGGACCAGGAAGAAGCUGCACAGCACAGAGAUGGCAAACCGCCCUACAGCUACGCCAGUCUGAUCACCUUUGCAAUCAACGGCUCGCCGCGCAAACGGAUGACCCUCAGUGAGAUCUACCAGUGGAUCUGUGACAACUUCCCCUAUUACAGAGAGGCGGGCAGCGGCUGGAAGAAUUCUAUACGACACAACUUGUCCUUGAACAAGUGUUUUCUCAAAGUGCCUCGCUCUAAAGAUGACCCUGGAAAAGGUUCGUACUGGGCCAUAGACACCAAUCCUAAAGAAGACACCGUACCCAGCAGGCCAAAGAAGAGGCCGCGCUCUGGAGAAAGGGCAUCAACUCCUUACAGCCUGGAGUCAGAGUCUCUGAGGAUGGACUGCAUUAUGUCGGGAGGGACGUCCCCCACUCUGGCCAUCAAUGCUAUAACCAACAAGGUAGCACUAUUCAACCCCGAGGCAGAAGGCAGUGAAAGUCCAGGGAGUCUGGGCAGCCUGAGCAACAGUCUUUCAGAGCAGAGCUUGGCGUCCGUCAACCUCAACAACCUGAACACCGGCAUCAGCAGCGGCAGCAACGUACACGGCUACACACCAGUGAGCAGCCACUCAGAGCCUUCCUCCCAGUCCCUGAGCCUCCAGCAGCCCGCCCAGCCGCUGCCGCCUCCCCCUCCUCCCCCACAGCCCCAGUACGGUUUGCCCGUCUCGGAGUCGCGGGACAAGCAGCUCUGCUUCUCUGACUUCGAGGACCUCAGCGCUUCUUUCCGCAGUCUUUACAAGUGUGUCUUUGAGCAGUCCUUCUCACAGCAAGGUUUGAUGGGUAUGCCCGGCGAUUCCAGCCAGCAGGCCCGGACCGCCUGCUCCUACCAGCACUCACCUGGUGCGGGAAACGGCGUCGGCCACCUCCACCAACACAACCACGGUCAGGCGUCGCACCACCCUCACCACCCGCAGCAGCACCUCUCCCCUCACUCCACCCACAGCCAGCACCAGGCGCACGCUCAGCAUGGCCAGCACCAACAGCACCCUGCUCAUUCCCAGCAGCACCCGUCUCUCUCCCACCAGAGUCACACUGGACAGACCUGCCCCACAACAGGCAUGUCAUCAGACUGGUACCCCAACCUGGACUGGCUGAAGGAGAGCUGCCGCAUUGCUACCAGUUACAACUGGGCUGACGUAGACCUCUCCCCAUUUCAAGGUCUGAAGGAGAGCAUGCGGCAGGCUGAGCUCAACAACUGGUCGCUGGACGCCGCCCAGAUGGCCGACCUGUGUUCCUCCAUUAACCAGUUCUUCACGGCCACGGGGGUCAUCCCUCCGCAGGGCGCCGCCCACCCACAACCUCAGGUCCAACACCCGACACCACCUGGAGCACCGCAGCACCCGGCUCAGCCACACGGGGCCAUGCACCCAAAGGCCAGCCAGCACAAUCAGCACGGGCAACAUAACCAACACAGCCAACACAUCAGCACGGGGAACAUGUACAUAGACUCGAGACAGAGCAUUUCCUCUCUGAUGGGCCCCCCAGGAUACCCCCACAUGCCUCCCAUGAGCAACACGGCUCCCACCAUGACAGGUGACUCCUCCAUCGCUCUCUUAACAGGUCACCUCAGCCAGCUGAGCCAGCAGCAGCAACACAGGCUGCCUCUGGGACACUUCCAGGUGAGACGCAUGCUCGCUGCAGACGACAUCCAGGACGACUUUGACUGGGACUCCAUUGUCUAAACUGAGUCGUUGGUGGAGCCGAGGGAUGGAGAGAGAGAGAGAGACAUGUGAUGACAGGUGAGGUAUGGAACUAGCCGACCUCCUUUCACCUACGUGAAAAAAACGGUAGACAAUCCAACAGAAAAAAAACAAACGGAAAGUAUUUUUUCUGAUCUUACUGGCCUUUUUUCCCUGAUACAAGUGGAUGUUGAGUAUAAAGACAAUCAUUAAUAAAAAAAGAAAAAAAGACACUUACACGGGAUUGGACCAAACCGAGAUGUAAACACACGUCUGAAGCUCUCUGUCUCAUGUUGUGUCCCCAACAGAGUUACAAGUCGCCAAAGUGUCGUCAAAUCGUCUGUGAAUUGUUUUCUUUUUGUUUUCUUAAAUAUGUUGUGUUUCCUGCUACAACUUGUGUCCCACGUCUGCAAAACUUCAGCUCAUCUGCCUGAAAUGAAUAGAAACCUCGUCUUCUCCAAACUCCCUGCAGAAAAAUCAUCAUUCAACAUUUUCCUCCUUUCCUCCUCGUAACAUCUCUUGGCUCACUCUAACGCUGGGCAUCUGCACUGCUGUGUCUCUUUACAUCUACCGUUAGAAGCAGGACUUAUGAAGAAGAAAGUAAAGAUGCACCUGUUCAACUUCAAUCAGCAGUGGUUGAGUGAAGCACCACCUGGUGGUUAAAACAGGCACCAUUUUAAAUUCCUUUGCCUAAAAAAAGGUCUAUGCACCACAAUCUGUUCUUACUUACUUUGUUUUAUCAUUUUAAAUGCUGUUAUUGUGUGUGCGCAACAGUCCACGGUGCCAUGUUCUCAGGGUGUUACAUUCACACACAUUGUCAGACCAACACUAAGCCAUUUACAUCUCCGUAUGUGAGGUUACUGCGUGUUGUUCCGUGCUCACUUCCUGUUGGCGGAGUUUAAGAUUUUCAUUUGUCAGAUUAUAAGCUAACUGAUUAAAAAAAUACUGUGGAAUAAGCUUUUCAGUAGCUCAAACAGUCACUCAUUAAAAAUGACUUGGACCUUCUUCUUUUUAACAAUAAUUCAUAGUUUUCUGAGAUUUAAUUCAGUUUUAUAAUUUUGGGAAAGUGCACAUCAAUUAUGAGCAGGCGGAGAUGUUCGGACGUGAUUUCAAGAUGCCUCAUUUAGGAGACGACGAGCAGUUUUUUGCACAACAUCAAACUUGAUAGCAUCUAGUGAACGAGAGAAAUAAAAGAAAACCGUGAACAUUUUAUUUCUUUGUUUCAAAAGACAUUUAAAAAAAUAGAUCCACAAAAGGGAGCAAAGACUAAACAAAAGUUUCAAAUGCUCAACUUUUCUUACUGUGAUGUUUAAUUUUGUCUGUGUGUACAAGUGUGUAUAGUCCUCUCUGAUUUCCUUUAGCAUACAGCUCAAAAGAGACACAUAAGAAACAAGUGAUUUGUUUGUAUUAAGUGGGUACAAAGUAAAAUGUGGGACCUUAAAGUGCUCUUUCGUUUGGAAGAUCUCAGUGAUUGUUCGAAUGGUCUAAACAAGGUCUCAUUGUAAAGAAAAAAAAAAGAAAAAUACUCUUUAUUAUUGCCAUUAAAUGCUGUAUUACAGUGACCAGCAUAUAUAUAUAUAUAUAUAUAUAUUGUACGUUUGCGUGUUGUUGUCCAUGUAAAUAACAGUAUGUUACUCCUAUGUUUGCCCUUGAAAAACACAGACUGAAAAGAGAAAACCGCAAAAGGAGAGAAAGUAUUUUGUUAUUUGUCUAUCAGGAGACACAAGUAUGUACAUAUCUUCAUUAUAUUGUAAAUAAGUGAUAAGAAAAAAAAUUGGCAUUGCCGUUUUGUGUGUUCUGUGUAUGGCAGUUCAACAGUUAAAAUCUGUCUCAGUGUUUAUUAUUAAAAUGUCAUUGACCAUUUUUACUGCGCUAACCUCA